AUGUCAGCAUCAUCUGCUGCGCUCACCUUUGAGCUGGUGGCCAAAUGCUCUACGACGAGGGCUCGCGCCUCGAUCCUGACGCUGCCCCACGGCCCUGUCAACCUCCCCGUCUUCAUGCCCGUGGCCACGCAGGCGUCUCUGAAGGGAAUCACGCCGCAACAACUCGAGAACACGGGAUGUCGCCUCUGCCUCAACAACACAUACCACCUCGGCCUCAAGCCCGGACAGGAGGUCAUGGACGCCGUGGGGGGUGCCCACAAGCUGCAGGGCUGGGACCACAACAUCCUGACAGACAGUGGCGGCUUCCAGAUGGUCUCGUUGCUCAAGCUCGCCACCAUCACGGAGGAAGGCGUGCGCUUCCUGUCGCCGCAUGACGGCACGCCCAUGCUGCUGACUCCCGAGCACUCCAUCAGCCUCCAAAACUCGAUCGGCUCCGACAUCAUCAUGCAGCUCGACGAUGUCCUGGUAACCACCUCCCCCGACAUAGUGCGCAUGCGCGAGGCAAUGGAGCGCAGCGUGCGGUGGCUCGACCGCUGCAUUGCUGCUCACAAGCACCCCGACCGCCAGAACCUUUUCUGCAUCAUCCAGGGAGGCCUGGACCUGGACAUGCGCCGCGAGUGCUGCCGCGAGAUGGUGGCCCGUGACACGCCCGGCAUUGCCAUCGGGGGGCUGAGCGGUGGAGAGGCCAAGGAUGACUUCUGCCGCGUAGUAGCCGCCUGCACCGAGCAGUUGCCCGACCUCAAGCCCCGGUACGUCAUGGGCAUUGGCUACCCCGAGGACCUGGUCGUGAGCGUGGCCCUGGGCGCCGACAUGUUUGACUGCGUCUGGCCCACGCGCACGGCGCGAUUCGGCAACGCCAUUACCAAGAAUGGCGUGCUCAACCUGAAGCGCGAGAUGUAUGCGACCGACUUCGGUCCGCUCGAGGACGACUGCGGGUGUCCCUGCUGUAGACGCGUCGAGCAGGAAGGUGCUAUGGGCAUCACGAGGGCGUUUGUGCAUCACAAUGCUGCCAAGGAGACGGUCGCAGCACACCUGCUGACCAUACAUAACGUAUGGUACCAGUUAAAUCUGAUGAGGGAGGCCAGGGAUGCCAUCAUUGCCGACAGGUAUCCGGCGUUUGUGAGAGAGUUCUUUAGUAGAUUAUACCCAGAUGGACAUGGCUUCCCCUCGUGGGUAGUCGACGCAUUGCGAGGUGUAGGCAUUGACCUGUUAGAAACCUGA